CUAGCUGUUCAUUAUACGAUUGUUGGCAUCGAGUAAAGAAGUAAAAGCGCAAGAGAGAAGACGUGAAAAAAGUUUUUGCAAGUUUGAAGAAUAAAAUCUAAGAAAAAUUCAACCGCAAAACAGAUUAGCAGUGGCAAAAUCGAAAAUCUUACAAGCAAAUCUGUACAUCUGAGCAAACGGGGGUAAGCAUACGACUGCAAUCCUGCACGAGCAUUUUGGUGUUCGAACAUCAUCCUUUGCGGGAGAUUAUUCCCCCGAGCGAAAAAGACGACACUGUGAUCAAAUUAGCAAACGCCCAGCCCAGAUGUGUCGGUAAAACUGUGAUCCUCCUCCUCCGAAGAAGAAACAAGUUCUCUGUCGAAUCAAAAGCGUUGAAAAAACAAAACAAAACAGACAAUUGAGCGAAACCGGGCCCAGCCGACGAUUUGUGUCGAGUUUGUGGCAGCUCACUAACCAAUAAAAAAAAUAGCACAUUUAAUUGUACAGUAAAAAAGACUUAUCAAUCGUAAUAUUCAAACAAAGUGCAUGGUGUUACAAAAGUUUUUUAAGUGAUAAGAAGAGACACAACCAUCCUAGAGCAAAAAAAAAAGAGAAGGAAAUCGAAGAAGUGAAGAGAGCAAGACUUUUUAAUUUAUUAUUUAUAUAUUAGCUGUAAAAACAAAACACGAAGAAAAUCAAGUUGAAGAACGGAUCCAAACGAAGCAAAUGAUCCUAAGAUAACAACAAGAAAAAUAUACACAGAUUACACGGAAAAAAAGCAAAAGAACUUGAAGUAGUGUGAGUACACGUCAACCUCUGAAGUUGUAAGCAAACCUAAAAAUAAGAAAUAGUUUUAACCCGUGAAACAGAAAAGAAGCAAAGCAAAACGGUAACGGAGUGGAAGAGCGCGGUUCUACGAUAAAAUACGAGCAAGAGCACAUCAUCCCGCGAGUCGUUUUUUAUAACUAUUGGAAAAGCAAAGCAGUGACGUUUGUAGUAUAAGUGUAAAACAAAACAGAAUCCAUUAGUAAGAGAAGAAAAAAUACCAGUAGAGUAAAACAAGCCAAGCUAGACGCACUCUACUACAAUCAUCAUGAUGACUGAAACGCUGAAUUCUAAUAAUCACCUCAGCCAGAAAGGCGAGAACAAAAUGGAUGACAUGGGAUGGAAAGCCAAACUCAAAUUACCGCCCAAAGAUAAUAGAAUUAAGACAAGUGAUGUAACGGAUACUCGAGGUAACGAGUUUGAGGAGUUUUGCCUAAAGCGGGAGUUGUUGAUGGGUAUCUUCGAGAAGGGAUGGGAGAAGCCGUCCCCGAUUCAGGAAGCAGCCAUCCCGAUCGCACUAGUAGGUAAGGACAUCUUGGCGAGGGCCAAAAACGGUACCGGCAAAACGGGCGCGUACAGCAUCCCUGUACUGGAGCAAAUCGAUCCGACCAAGGAUUACAUUCAAGCGCUGAUCAUUGUGCCAACGCGUGAGCUGGCACUGCAAACAUCACAGAUUUGCAUUGAACUCGCAAAGCACAUGCAUAUCCGGGUAAUGGUGACCACCGGUGGUACCAACCUCAAGGAUGAUAUUAUGAGAAUAUAUCAGAAAGUUCAAGUGAUCAUCGCCACGCCCGGCCGUAUACUGGAUCUGAUGGACAAGGAGGUGGCGAAUAUGGCCAACUGCCGUAUGUUAGUAUUAGACGAAGCGGACAAGCUGCUGUCGCAAGACUUCAAGGGCAUGCUGGAUCAUGUCAUUAUGAAAUUGCCAAAAGAGCGCCAGAUUUUGCUGUUCUCGGCGACAUUCCCACUGAGCGUGAAGAAUUUCAUGGAAAAGCAUCUGCGCGAGCCAUACGAGAUCAACCUGAUGGAGGAGCUAACCCUGAAGGGUGUCACCCAGUACUAUGCGUUCGUCCAGGAGCGACAGAAGGUGCACUGCCUCAAUACCCUGUUCUCGAAGCUGCAGAUCAACCAAUCGAUCAUCUUCUGCAAUUCGACACAGCGUGUCGAACUGCUGGCGAAAAAGAUCACCGAGCUUGGCUACUGUUGCUACUACAUCCACGCCAAGAUGCAACAGGCGCACCGAAAUCGCGUUUUCCAUGACUUCCGAUCCGGACUGUGCCGGAAUCUGGUCUGCUCCGAUCUCUUCACGCGAGGUAUCGACGUACAGGCUGUGAACGUUGUUAUUAACUUUGAUUUCCCCAAGAUGGCGGAGACCUAUCUGCACAGAAUCGGUCGAUCCGGGCGUUUCGGGCAUCUCGGUAUCGCCAUCAAUCUGAUCACCUACGAAGAUCGAUUCGAUCUUCACCGCAUUGAGAAGGAGCUGGGCACUGAAAUUAAGCCCAUCCCGAAGGUGAUCGAUCCCGCCCUUUAUGUGCCUCGACCGGAGGAUCAAAAUAGCACACAUGAGGAACAAAACAUUAGCAAAUAAGUCAGUAGUAGUCCCCACGUAAAGAUGUGCUGACCUGUUGUAGUACAUCCCUCGGCAGCACCGGUGAUCACGCUAUUUGCGAAUCCACCCGAUCAACAGAAAACAGUCACAGCCUGACACAAAAAGUACAGCAGCGCUGAUCCGUAAGAAAAUUAAAAAAAAAAACAAGAAUUACACCAGGAAAAAUGAACAUGGAGUUGGUUGAAAUGGGAGCAAGCAAGCAAGCAGGAAGGAGGAAGGAUCGCCGGGCAGUCGUGGGUGUUUACGCAGUCGUCACAUCCACAGCUACAACAGAGAGAAAUGGAGUCUUCAAAUUAUUACACUUUUUGUUCAACGGAUGGAAAACUUUUUUGAGAGCGUUCUAUUGGAGGAGGGAAGAAAAUGCUGAUGAAUUCAUACAAAUACCCACAACCUUAAACUACUAUACUAUUGUGCGAAAGACGUAUUGGGAUUCGAGUGCCUGCGGAGAAAUCCUGGAGUGACCGAGAUAAUCGCGUGCAAGGACGGAUGUAAGAGUGAAAUGAUGUGCAAAUCAACCAAACCAACAAGCAUGGGAUCAUCCAUGUGUAGGCAUCGAGGAAAAAAAGAAGGUGUAGAACAACAUCCAACACUUUUUGGUAUCUCAACAAAUUGUAGACAGUAAAAGUGGCUGCAGAAAUGAAGAGCACAUGUGAGGCGAACGAAUCGGCACUGGUAGCAAUCAUCGAUAGGAAGGGAACGAUCAGAAACCCGUUUUUGUAAAUAGACAAUUUGGAGUCGAUAAGACCGCAGGAACAUCUUUCCUUGUCAGGGGGAAUGUGAAUCAACGAGUUCCGAGAAGCUAGCGUCGUCGUGAGUGCCGAGUUCAAUUCUGCUUCCUACCACUCAAAGAAGAAGUGUGCAUAAUCUGCAAUCAGCUAGACUCGAUUAGUAAUAACAAAGACACUCAUCUACACCAACUACAACUACAGACAAAAACUAAGGCGAGUACAGGAACUACCUACCAGCAAACCACGUGAAACAGGGAAGAACAUCUUCGCCUUCAGGGUUGUCGUUAAGCUUGAGGCACGUUUUUAAACAGUGAAGAAUUGCAAAGGGAAAUUGGAAAUAUACAAACAAGGUAAAAUGGCAAAUUGAUGUCAAAACAUUCGAGCGAGAGAAAAUAUUGGAGCGUGUGGCAAUAUCCUUAGCAGACAGCAGUAGUAGGUAUACAGUUAAUUAACAAGAAAGACUACUCUUCUAACUGAUAGUAGUUUCUCGAAUGCGUAAGGCGCAAGGUGUUCCGCUCGCAGCCCAUCAAACAAUCGGGCUCAUUCAAACGUCCUCAUCAAUUCAUGUCAUAGAAAAGAUCAUUUCAUAAUCCAGUUUUUGUUGGUUUAUUUUCCGGUUAUUUAUGUUUUUUGACAAAAAUGAAUUUGUAAGAGUUAAGUUUCAUGUGGACUUUACUUAACUACAAAACCUAGAAAAAAUGUACAUUUUGGUUCUGUGCUCACGGUGAAAGGGGCAGAGUGCGGGAAGAAAAGCAAACAAUCGAUAAUUGUUGCCCUCUCGAUCAAAAUUAGAGAGUGAUAAAACUUGUUGAAACAUACGAAAACCGACCAAAACCGUUACAUACACGCGUCUCCCCUUUCAUUCAAAACAUUUAUGCAACUAAUUGGAACAAUGAAAACUUGGUAAACAGAGUAGCAUAUUCUAUCAUUUCUAAUUUCGCAACCACAAAACCAUUGUGUGUGGUCUUUAUCUGUAUCUAAAGACUCAAUCAUUCUCUUUAAUUCUUUUUUUUUCCUGUGGCUGUAUUUUCUCCAUUUCGAUGCAUUGCUCCACCGGAAAAUGCAUUACUGUGCCGGAAAAUGGAUUCAUAUAUCAAGCAGAAUAUCGGAAUGGAGGAACAUAUGUCACAAAAUCCGUACGAAUGAUUUCCGGAUUCAUUUCAUUAUUCAGAAAAUACCGUUGUUGCAGAAAUGGCUCAUGAUAUCAACUGAACUGGGCACUAGAUUCAAUUCGAUUGAAUUAAAACCAUCCUGUUCCGAUAAGUUUACUCAAGCCCAGUUCAAUCGAUGUUCUGCUGUUUCGAUUGACAACUUUCAGUAUAGGAUAAGCAAACGGAGGCCGGAUCCUUCGUUUAAGAAGGAUUGGUUCUCCACGGUAGUAAAAACACAGGAUCAUACUAACAACACACGAUCUGCGGGUGCUUUUCCCAGGUCAUAUUUGAAACGGGAUGAGCUUUCUGAAAAGUAAACUCUUCCGCUAUCCUGUGUAUUUAAUCUCAAUAAAAUCGAUAGGUGUUUCUGUUUCGGCUUUAAUUCAACAACAACCACCCUAAGCUGUGAAACGGAAGCACUAACUAAUAGCAAAAUUCGUCGGUUUUUCGAUGGGAAUAAAUCUAUGUGUUCCUUUUUUAAAACAUCCUUAGCGUUGACAGCUUUUUCCAUCAUUCGAAAGAUGCUCCGAGUUAGACAGACAUGGCAUUUCAAGCGUAUUUGAAGAAUGAGGAAAAAGUGAUCGACUUGAGAGAAAAAUAAAUCAUCUAUGAUUUACUCUUAGUAUGGCUAAAUGGCCAGAAACAGCGGAAACAAGAAUUCAAAAAAAAAAAACAAGCGACGUCAAAAUGGAAUGUAAAAGUUUAUCGAACAGCUUAGCAAAAAUUCAAAUUUACGUAUAAUUUGCCAUCGUCAUAAUAUCUGACAUCCAGAAUCUCCGGUAUGUAAAUUUGAAUUUGCAGUCAAUUAGGGUGACCAUUUUUGACUAAUACUCGAUCUAAAAAGCCCCACACAGGGUGAGUCGCUUGUUUGAACGGAAGCAAAACGAAGCAAUCGAAUCAAUAUCGUAAACAAUGGUUAAUCCAGGCAAACCAAUUGUGAUCUCUAUCAAUAAAUAACGUUUUAGGACAGUAGCAUACUUUCUCUUUUGUACUACUUUGCCUUAGAAUUCCGCUGGAUAGCUUUUCCAUUUUAAGUGCAAUCUAGAUUUGUAUUUUCAGUAUUCGAACGCAUUGACUGCCAAUGUUUCGUACUAAAAGAUUUUACAGAAGUACAGGAUUUCUAUUUUUUAUUAUCCAUAAAUAAAAUGAUGUAGGGGUGUUCGCAAAACGCUUUACGUUUACAGAACUUUCAAAGCGUUCUGUGAAUACUUGCUGCAUAACUGCAAGAUACAGUAAUGGAAGCAUUUGUCUUGUUUUGACUAGGAAAUUCUAUUUUUUAACUUCCACGCGGAUGUGCAAAACAGCGAGUUAGACCGGUGAAGAGAAAACAAUUACUUCAAAGUACCUGUUAUUUACACGAACAGAAGACAAAUGCUAGAAGAGAAGAA